AGGGGAAAAUGAUGAAGCUGUGAUUAUUGUUAAUGAUGAUGAAGGGAGAAUCAAUGGAGAAGGUACAAUAACAAGAAAGAAAAUUUUUGAAGAAGUGAAGAAGCAGCUAUGGCUAGCAGGGCCUCUGGUGACUGUAAGUCUAUUAUGGUACUCUUUACAGAUGAUAUCUAUAAUGUUUGUCGGGCACCUUGGUAAGCUACCUCUCUCCGGUACUUCAAUGGCCACUUCGUUUGCAACAGUCACUGGUUUUAGCUUGCUGAUGGGAAUGGCAAGUGCGUUAGAUACACUGUGCGGACAGUCAUAUGGGGCAAAGCAGUAUCAUAUGCUGGGGAUACACAUGCAAAGAGCCAUGUUUGUUCUUGUUCUUGUUGCCAUACCUCUAGCCAUAAUUUGGGCAAACACCAGAUCCAUUCUAGUUCUUGUAGGCCAAGAUCAUGACAUUGCUAAGGAAGCAGGAAUAUAUGCUCGUUUCAUGAUUCCCAGCCUUUUCGCAUACAGUCUCCUUCAGUCUCUUAGCAGAUUUUUGCAAACACAGAACAUUGUUUACCCAAUGAUGUUAUUUUCAGGCAUCACAACUCUGCUUCACAUUCCUGUUUCUUGGGCCUUGGUGUUCAAAUCUGGCCUCAAAAUUAGAGUUUUCUCCUUCCUGCACACUAACACCUGGACCGGAUUUUCAAAGGAGGCACUGCAUAACAUCCUCAAUUUUCUUCGUCUUGCUGUUCCAUCAGCUGUUAUGGUCUGCUUGGAGAUGUGGUCAUUUGAAAUGAUGGUCCUUGUAUCUGGACUUCUCCCUAAUCCAGAGCUACAAACUUCUGUUCUCUCUAUCUGCCUCAAUACCGCUGGUACUGUUUGGAUGAUCCCCUUUGGACUAAGUGGUGCAGUAAGCACACGAGUUUCAAAUGAAUUAGGAGCAGGGCAUCCAGAUGCUGCACGUUUAGCAGUUUGUGUUGUACUAGUUAUUGGCAUUACUGAGGGCAUUUUGGUAGGAUUAGUCCUGAUUUUGAUCCGAAACAUAUGGGGCUAUGCUUAUAGCAAUGAGAUAAAAGUUGUUGAAUAUGUAGCAGUCAUGAUGCCAAUUCUAGCAGCUUCCAACUUCUUGGACGGACUUCAAUGUGUUCUUUCUGGCACUGUAAGAGGGUGUGGAUUGCAGAAAAUUGGUGCAUAUAUCAAUUUAGGCUCAUAUUACUUGGUGGGGAUUCCUUGUGCUAUUGUUUUAGCUUUCGUACUUCACGUUGGCGGAAAGGGGCUCUGGCUGGGGAUCAUCUGUGCGCUUGUUGUUCAAGUAACUUCUCUUAUAAUCAUUCUUGCACGCACUAACUGGGAGCAAGAGGCAAAGAAAGCUAUGGAGAGAGUCCACAACUCUACUGUCCCUGUGGAUCCUGUGUCAUGAAGCUGACUCUCAAACUAUAGCUGUUUUAGACUAAUCUUAAUGUUGGCAUAAGCCGAGGCAGAAAAUAAAUUUCUGAUUAAUAUUUUUCCAAAGUAAUGGAAGUUUGUUCCUAAGACUGGUUAAUGUUUAGCGAGAAUCAGAAAGUCGA